CCCAUUGGCGGACCCUCCGGAGACUUCUCGUCGAUGCAUAAACGGCGAUUCAAAAUCUCUGGAGAGGGUGAUCGGAUAAUAUGGCGGAGUCUCGCAGCAACAGAGCGGCGGUUCAGGCAACUAACGACGAUGCCUCCGCCAGCAAAUUGUCCUGUGUCAAAAAGGGAUACAUCAAGGACGACUACGUUCAACUUUUUGUUAGAAGGGCUAUUAGAAGAUCGCCGAUAAUAAAUCGGGGUUACUUCGCCCGUUGGGCUGCCUUGCGCAAGCUUCUCCUCCAAUUUUUGGACAGUGUUGCAACUUCUGAUCAAACUCAAACAAAGAAACAGAUACUGUCCCUUGGAGCUGGCUUUGACACUAUGUAUUUUCAGUUGAAGGAUGAGGGAAAAGCACCUCAUUUGUACGUGGAACUGGAUUUUAAGGAGGUAACAAGGAAGAAGGCUACUGUCAUAGAAAACUCCAGUCAGUUAAGAGACAAAAUUGGGGCAAAUGCAUCCAUUUCGAUAGAGCAAGGCCACGUGCUCAGCGACCAUUACAAGUUACUUCCAGUUGAUCUGCGUGAUAUACCGACAUUAAGUGAUGUUAUAUCGUUUGCCAAUAUGGAUCCAAGUCUCCCGACAUUUAUUAUUGCAGAAUGUGUUUUGAUAUACCUGGAACCGGAUUCAAGCUGUGCCAUCGUCAAUUGGGCAUCAAAAACAUUUUCAACAUCCGUAUUUUUCUUAUAUGAGCAGAUUCAUCCAGAUGAUGCUUUUGGACAGCAAAUGAUUAGAAACUUGGAGAGUCGAGGCUGUGCACUCUUGAGCAUUUAUGCAACACCGACUUUGCUUGCAAAGGAGAAACUGUUUCUUGACAAUGGAUGGCAGAGAGCUGUUGCUUGGGACAUGCUAAAAGUGUAUGGUAGUUUUGUUGACACUCAAGAGAAACGCAGGAUAGAGCGGCUGGAGUUGUUUGAUGAAUUUGAAGAAUGGCAUAUGAUGCAGGAACAUUACUGCGUAACAUAUGCUAUGAAUGAUGCGAUGGGGCUGUUUGGGGAAUUGGGGUUCCCAAUAGAAGCCAAGACUACCUCAUCAUCACCAUCGUAUCAUCUUGAAGAGUGAAGGAGGGUGGUUACCACCACAUGUGAUGCAGAGCCAGAGGGGUACCAUUUUCAUUUGCACUUUCACUUUCAUUUUCAUUUUCAUUUUCGUUUCGUACACCUCGUCGCAUCCUUGGUGUCUUAUUUAGAAAACAGUGGUCUUUUUUUAUACAAGGAAAACAAAUCAUGCUUCAGAAAGGGCAUAUAGGAUAAGAUUAUCAUAACCAAGUAGUAUAAGGAUGUCUUUUCACAGUGUAUUCCAUUUCCUCUCUUUCUCAUAGUUCCCUCCAUACCCAGUGAAUGAUUCGGAUUCUUAAUCUUCUCCCAUGGUUCAAGUGUUUUCAAUGUAUGUUCUGAACUUAA